GUGUGUGUGUGUGUGUGUAGGGGGAGAGGGCGGGGACAGUAACGUCAACCCCCACCCUGCCUCCUUUUCUUUUUUCCCUUCCUGCAAAAGGCGCACAAGUCUUCCACCCUACCCCACCCCCGCCCACCAGCAAUCCUUGGGGCUCUGGGCAACAGCCAGGUUAAGCCCAUUUGCACUGAGAAAUUGGCGCUGUUUGGGAGAAGAGAAACAGAUCGAUUGCCCUUGUGACUCCCCGCCCCGCCACCCCAGCCCAGCCCGCCCCCCGCGUUCCUCGGCCCUCCUCCGCCACCUCCCGCACCCCGCCUCCUCCCCUCCCCGCCCCCAAGCCUCUCACUCGACGCAGGCCGGUGCGAGGCCCCCUCCGGAAGGUGAGCGGGAUGGAUUGGACUUCGGCGGAGAACGCGGGUGUCUCGAAGUGGUGCUAAUGGGAAGAGAUUUCUGCUCCCCAAAGAAGAUGCGCUGCCACAAAGAGCGGCUUGCGCGCCGGCCUGGGCUCUAGCCCGGGAGACAUCCCGGGAGAACUCUGAGCUCGGAGCGCUCGGCGAAGACCCGGGGCAACAUGCCUGUUCGCAGGGGGCAUGUGGCACCGCAAAACACCUUCCUGGGGACCAUCAUACGGAAAUUUGAAGGGCAGAAUAAAAAAUUUAUCAUUGCAAAUGCCAGAGUGCAGAACUGUGCUAUCAUCUACUGCAAUGAUGGCUUCUGUGAGAUGACGGGUUUCUCCAGGCCAGAUGUCAUGCAGAAGCCGUGUACCUGUGACUUUCUCCAUGGGCCUGAGACCAAGAGGCAUGAUAUUGCCCAGAUUGCCCAGGCGCUGCUGGGGUCAGAGGAGAGGAAAGUGGAGGUCACCUACUAUCACAAGAAUGGUUCCACUUUUAUUUGUAACACUCACAUAAUCCCAGUAAAGAACCAAGAGGGUGUGGCUAUGAUGUUCAUCAUUAAUUUUGAGUAUGUGACAGAUGAAGAAAAUGCUGCCACUCCAGAGAGGGUCAACCCGAUAUUACCAGUCAAGACUGUAAACCGGAAACUUUUUGGGUUCAAAUUUCCUGGACUGAGAGUUCUAACAUACAGAAAACAGUCCUUGCCACAGGAAGACCCGGAUGUGGUAGUUAUUGAUUCUUCUAAACACAGCGAUGACUCUGUGGCCAUGAAGCACUUUAAGUCUCCCACGAAAGAAAGUUGCAGUCCCUCUGAAGCAGAUGAUACGAAAGCCUUGAUACAGCCUAGCCAGUGUUCUCCCUUAGUGAACAUAUCAGGACCUCUGGACCAUUCCUCUCCCAAAAGACAAUGGGACCGCCUCUACCCUGACAUGCUGCAGUCAAGUUCCCAACUAACACACUCCAGGUCAAGGGAGAGCCUCUGUAGCAUACGGAGGGCAUCUUCAGUUCAUGAUAUAGAAGGGUUCAGUGUCCACCCCAAGAACAUAUUUAGAGAUCGACAUGCCAGUGAAGGACCUUUUAAUCAUAUCAAGUCAAGCCUGCUGGGAUCCACAUCAGAUUCAAACCUCAAUAAGUACAGCACCAUUAACAAGAUCCCACAACUCACUCUGAAUUUCUCAGAUGUCAAAACAGAAAAGAAGAAUACAUCCCCUCCUUCUUCAGACAAAACUAUUAUUGCACCCAAGGUUAAAGAAAGGACACACAACGUGACCGAGAAAGUAACCCAGGUUCUUUCUUUGGGAGCAGAUGUCUUGCCAGAAUAUAAGCUGCAGACGCCACGCAUCAACAAAUUUACAAUAUUGCACUACAGUCCUUUCAAAGCAGUCUGGGAUUGGCUUAUUUUACUCUUGGUCAUUUAUACUGCUAUAUUCACCCCCUACUCUGCAGCAUUUCUCCUCAAUGACAGAGAGGAACAGAAAAGGCGAGAAUGUGGCUAUUCUUGUAGCCCUUUGAAUGUGGUAGACUUGAUUGUGGAUAUUAUGUUUAUUAUAGACAUUCUAAUAAACUUCAGAACAACCUAUGUAAAUCAGAAUGAAGAAGUGGUAAGUGAUCCUGCCAAAAUAGCAAUACACUACUUCAAAGGCUGGUUCCUGAUUGACAUGGUUGCAGCCAUUCCUUUUGACUUGCUGAUUUUUGGAUCAGGUUCUGAUGAGACAACGACACUAAUUGGUCUUUUGAAGACUGCACGACUCCUGCGUCUUGUGCGCGUAGCCAGGAAACUGGACCGAUACUCAGAAUAUGGUGCGGCUGUUCUAAUGCUCUUGAUGUGCAUAUUUGCCCUGAUUGCCCACUGGCUGGCUUGCAUCUGGUAUGCGAUUGGGAAUGUAGAGAGGCCCUAUCUGACUGACAAAAUUGGAUGGUUGGAUUCCUUAGGAACACAAAUUGGGAAACGUUACAAUGACAGUGACUCGAGUUCUGGACCGUCCAUUAAAGACAAAUACGUCACGGCACUUUAUUUUACCUUCAGCAGUCUAACCAGUGUAGGAUUUGGAAAUGUGUCUCCUAACACCAAUUCGGAGAAAAUCUUUUCCAUUUGUGUCAUGUUGAUUGGCUCUCUAAUGUAUGCGAGCAUUUUUGGGAACGUUUCUGCAAUUAUUCAAAGACUGUACUCAGGAACUGCCAGGUACCACAUGCAGAUGCUGAGAGUAAAAGAGUUCAUUCGCUUCCACCAAAUCCCCAACCCUUUGAGGCAACGGCUUGAGGAGUAUUUCCAGCAUGCAUGGACUUACACUAACGGCAUAGACAUGAACAUGGUAAGUAUUUCUGUUUCCCAAAACAGAGUCUCUGCAGGCAUUACAGCUGUAGUGAAAUGAAAGGCCAAUCUCACCAGCUUUGAGCCCUGUGCUUUUGUUUCCUUCUCUUGGAUGUUUAUUUUUCUCCCCUGGAGAUAGUGUCUCAUUCUCAAUUCAUGGCAUUGCAUGGUGCUAUAUCUAGUUAUACUGUGUGGCAAAGGCAUUAUAACGUGAUGCAAACUGAUAUAACUAUGUGUCAUAGAGUUCCCACCUCCAAUUAAAGGACACAUUGUCUUAGCUAAAACUCAGGCCUUCGUGGUACGGCCUGGUUAUAAACAAACAAACAACGAACAACAACAAGGUAGUUGAAUCCAUGUGCAAUUUGAUUUGUAAAAUGAGCUGCGACAUUCUGAUGACCCUAAGCAGAGAUCCGAGACUAACAUAUUUAUUUUUUGAAGUAGGACAUCAUGAAUACUUGUAGGAAAGAUUAGAAAUUUUUAAGUAAGUCAAAAAGCAGGAAGUUUCAUGCUUCCCUUUACAAUUAAUUAUAUUCCAUUUCAGAAUCCUUUGUUUAAUGACUCUUUCUGCUAAAGAGGGAGAAUAAACAAGUUGAUAUUUUAAAAUGGAGAAGAACACUUCUUACAAAUACCUCCUGAAACACUGCACAAAAAUCAGCAUAGUUAAGAUGAAUGGUUCUAAAGAGCUCUUUUUAGGAUCAAGAGGGUGGUUCCCAUUACUUUCCUUGUUAUUUGCCUUUGGAGACCCAAUGCUACAGAUACACUAUGCAGCAAAGUCAAUCCCCACUACAUAUUACAGAGCCAUAGGAAAAGACAGAACUAUGGUGCAUCCUCACAGCCCUCCUGUUCUGAAAAUUCUUCUGAAAACAAAUAGUUCAUAUUUAAUAAUUCCAUCAAUUACAUAGUAUCAUUUUUGUGGGAGUGUAUAUGUAUAGCUUAGAUUGCUAUUUUUCAUUUGACCAGAGUUGAUCUAACAAAAAGACAAUGGAUCAAAUUUAGAAAUCAUGGUGAAGGUCAUUGAGCAAUUACUGCCAACUCAAAGACAUGUCUAUAUAGGGAUAAUUUUUUAUCAUAGCUGCAUGUGAUUUAUUUGACUGAGAGAUAAAAAUCAUAUUAUCAUAAAAAUUUUAAUUUGAAGAAACAAAUGAGCAAGCACAUUUUAGCCAAAAAUGGAGGAGCUCAAGUCCAUGAGCUGAUAUUUUCAGUUGUCCCAAGGUUCAUGGUGAAAACUCCACUUAAUAAAUUGAUCUCUUAUGAGAUGAUUUUAAUUUUCCAAGAAAGAACACCUAUAUAUUGGCUGCUUUUAUAAACUGUUAUUGUGGUUGUUUAACGAAGAUACCAGUAUUCAAAACCACUGGGGAAUUUUUAGUGCUGGGCUGUCUUAAGCAGUGUCAAGAACUUGUAAUUAAAAUAUGUGUCACUCAGUUUUAUUGUUCCAUACUGCCAGAGUAUUUCAAUAACAGGAGUAAAGCAGUCAUCUAUUUUACUUUCCUUCUCCAUAACAUCUAGAUCUAUGACCAUUUUUUGUGAUAAAAUAUUUUGUGACAACUAUUUACCUGCCAUUGUUUGACUCUAUUACCUAUAAAUAUGGUUUAUAUACCCCUUGCCUAUUUACAAUGUACUUAUGAAAGAUUUAUCUCUUUCCUGUCUGCUUCACACCUUAACACACGGAAUCACAACACCCACCGGUAAGAACAGGAGGUAUUUAUAUCCAAUUUAAUUCUCGUGUAAACUGUGGAGAAUACCCUUGGUAUCUGUCAGGGUUAGAGCUUGUUAAGUGAUUUUCAGUGUUAGAUCUAAUCUUUUUUGCAUGAUGUAGCAGAGGAGAUACAAAGCAAGAAGCUGGGGAAGAUAACAUGGAAGAGGCCAAGUAUAGAACAGAAAGAAAAAAAAAAACUCCUUUUUAGUAACAACUUGACCUCCAACAAUGUUUAUGUCCAGUUUCCUACUCCCCACAAAAAAAAAAAAAAAAAAAAAAAUUACCUCUCUGCCCCCAUUCCCACGCUGGUAGAGGUUAUGGGUAUACGGUUUGCAUUAGAUAAUUGUCAUAAAGAAAAUUCAUUCUCUUUCAUCAUCCUCUUUUCAUGAUGUAGGUGCUUUCUCUUCUAAUCAUCUGCAUGCCAGUAUUACAUGAUCCUGGAGCGUGUAAGCUCUAAGCCAUGUGCCGCUGAGACUUGCAUGUGGUUUUGAAAACUUGACUUUGCACGAACUUCUUGUUUGUACAUGGUGUCUACAUUUUCAUUUUGUGACUGCAAAGUGAGUAAAAGAAAAAAGAAAAAGAAAAGAAAAAGAAACUCAGUUAACUCGGAACACCACGUAGAAGAUGUUAUGUAAUGUUAAACAUGAUGUGUAGAACAAAGUUGACUAGCAGAAAGCAACUGUAUAUUAGACUGUUGAGAGGUUAAAAAAAAAGUCCUUUCUUUUUUAACCUCCAAAACCACACUGUUAAAGAUUCUUGUGUCUUGUCAAAUUAUUGUUGGUAGAAUUAUAAUUUAAUAACAGUUGAAAGUUACCUAGUUUGUGUAUCAUGAUACAUAAAACUACAUCAAACUGUUGUAUUUUACAUCAACAUUCCAUAUUAUUUCAUUUAAGUAUAAACUUAAAUAUAAUUUACCAUGAGACAUUUCAGGUCAUUUUUACUGUUCAGUCAUUUUCAAAUAAAGUAAAGUUUCUGAACACACAGUUAGUUUGCCUAAAAUUAUUUCAUUAUCUAAACAUUUGAUUGCUUAGCAGACCACCAAAACAGUAAAUAAUUGACCUAAAAAUGGGGCUAUAUUCCUUAGCCCUUCUAUCUUUUACUUUUCAUAUGCGUUAUUGCUAGAAUGUUCCAGAACAGAAAAAAAUUAUGGAUUCCCUUUCAUUUGAGUCAAAAUAGCCCAGAGUACAAUAGGAAAGGGUCAAGCAAAGAAAGGUAGUAAAAGGGACAUGUUCUUCAGAGUCUAGCUUCAGCUUGGGGACUGUACAAUUGUCUCAAGUAUGUGUACACAUUAAUUCCUGAAGAUAUUUUUUCUUCUGCAUACAGAAAUUGGACCAGUUAGCAAUAAGGAAAUGUUUUCUCAAGUUAGAUCUAAUAGUAUUUCAAUGAAUGUCCCCAAGUCAAAGCCAUCUCUUGAUCCAGUCUAAAAUUUCUGGUUAGCCAACAUUAUUUUGGAGUGAAUGCUACCAAAAAAUCAAUAAAUAAAAAUAAAAAUUGUUUUCUGUGUAAGUGUUAGAUCCAGUAAACUAAGAUCACACUUGAGAGCUAGGCUUGAAUGAAGAAGAGCUCUGAUGGUCCAACUGUCCGUUAUCACAACAGGAAGUAAACAUUAUAAUUUUAAUAUUAGCAUGGAAGAUUAUGUGCAUUUAGUGGAGGAUUUUUGCUUUCCCUAAAAAUUUGUGCUACUCCAACAACCAACUAAGGGCUGAAAAACAGGAAAAAAUCAGAGGACCUUGACACUUAUUCUCAGCAUGCCACCAUUCUUGUGCAAGUCACUUAAUCUUUCUGUAGCUUCAAUAAGCUCGCCACUUAUAAACAUUGAAAAAGGCAUCUGUAUUCAAGUAAAAUAUAUGCUUCAUAAUCUAUCUGCUGCCUAUGCCGCCCGUUCCCUGUAGGAGGAAUCUGCGCCUUCCUUGUGGAAAAGCUUGCAUUGAAUAUUGUUCCGAUUCCCAUCUACAAAGUGGACGUUAGAACUGUUCAUUGUAGAGAACACAAUUCCAGGAAACACACACAGGAGGUCAGGGCCACACUGAAUUAUUCAAUUCAGGAACAUCUUUAUUUAGUUGAUUUCAGGAUGGACAGGAUGGAUAAAGAUAAGUGGAUUGUUGUUAGGAUUGCUUAGGGAAAUAAAAUUUGAGAAAUGAGUAUAGAAAGUAUCUGGACUUAUAGUACAGAUAAGAAAUAAAUUCUCCAGAAAGGUGAACAGAAAAAAACCACUUUGAACACAGGUAAGGAGAAAAAUUGAUAAGGGGGUGAGGAGGUCCCUAGAGGUAUCCAGGCACGGAGGCAAGCCAGGCAGAGAUAAGAAUAAAAACCAGGUGCAGAUGACUCCAUCAACCUGUAUCAGACUUCAAAAGAGUCUAAUAACAGCAGGUUUAUUCCAGUGUACUUAAGCCCAGUAUAAUUAAAAAAAAAUAUAUUCUGGCACAAUAAAAUCCUUGCUGUAUGAAGAAAGUGUAAUUACACUAAAACUCAAUUCAUGAUACAUAUCACUUCUUCUAGAGAAUGAGUUCUAGAUGUGAUACCUGCCCUAGCUUAAGGGCCUAAGGGUCUGGACUGGUCUCAGUCAUACAGAUAGCAUAGAAGUCAUUUGGUCUAUGAGUCAUAUGUGGACCUUGUUGUCUGAGCUUGGGGAAUCUUCAGGCUAUUAGGGUCCUUUAAAUUACUAGCCCCCUCUGGUCUUAUUUGUAGAAGCUUGAUAUGGCCUGGCCCAACAGAUAAUGCAGAUCACAAAGCUAAGAAUAACUUCCAAUUCUUAGCUUUAUCAUGGAACAUCAGAGUAUUCGGUUUUCCCCAUUGGAAAGACAAAUCCUGUGUGCUUAACGUUCUUGGUUUCUCUGGAGAUCUGUGGGCACAAGUACCUUUGUGCUGUGCUCCCAAUAAGGGGGCAUGAUGCCUUUCAGGAAUGGAGAAAACUCCUCGCCAGCACUGUACUACAUGUUCUAAGCUCCACAUUAACUACACUCUAGAUGAAUGGUGAAGAGGGUGGAGAUGUAUCUAAAAGCAGAGCUGUACAAGUAGAGGCUUUAAAUAUUGCAAUGAAGAGUCAGCCUCAGAGGCUAAACAUUUUUCCAAACACAGUGGUAUUCUGUGUGACAUAGCAUGCUUCUUAAAAGAUGUAACAUAUAAACACAAAGUAGAACAAUGGUUGAUUAAUGACAAACUGUUUAAAACAGAAUAGAGACCCUUAUUUCAUGGGACUGCUGUGAUUUUCUUUCAAGACAGAGUUUCUCUCUGUAGCCCAGGCUGUCCUAGAAAUCACUUUGUAGACCAGGCUGGCCUCAAACUCAGACAUUCCCUGAUUCUGCCUCUGGAGUGCUAGGAUUAAAUGCAUACUCCACCACGCAACUGGGACUAGUGAUAUCUCUAAAAUAUAUUUUAAUCAAAAAUUUAUGUUCCUCAUUUUCAUAUCUCUUCUAGUUUUUCAAUGACCUGACAGAGUAGCCUCCAGUACUAGUAUUGCAGUGAUCUCUGCCUUCAUCAUCAAAUUGUGCUCAAGGCAAAUCCCAUUUGGGGCAGCAGAAAGAUCAGCAAAUCAGCCUCCAAAUCAUGAAGACUUGAGUUCAAUCCCCAUAGCAUAUUAAAAAGAAAGAAAGAAAGAAAGAAAGAAAGAAAGAAAGAAAGAAAGAAAGAAAGAAAGAAAGAAAGAAAGAAAGAAAGAGAAGGAAAUCAAAGGUAGUGGUUUCUACUUAUGACUCCACCACAGAUAGACUCUCCAGUCAGCUUGCUCAGCCUACCAGGUACAUUUCAGGCUAAUUAGAGAGCCCUGUCUCAACAAACCAAGUGGACAGUAGCUGCAGGCUGACCUACAAGUUUAACCUCCAGUCUCCCAAAGCAUGAGCACACAUGCACAUUCAUUCCUGCAUGCACACACACAAACACACUGAGAUAAAACCAUUUUUUCUGGACCGUUAAUUAAAAUUUUUCACAUGUGAUAGUCUUUGAUGUUCAGAUCAUACUUUUUGACAGAUCACAGUGAAGUGCAAUGGUGGGGACCUGUGCUAGUUCUCAUUACUGAAAUCAAGUAAAAACAAUCCUUACAGUAAACCCUGUCACCAAGGUAAAAGAAAAGCUUUAAAAUAGUGUAGCAAGAUCUGCGUAUUCAAUCCUUUUACGUUUCCUAAAAUCAGUGUCAUAAGGUACACACAUGAAUACACACACACACACACACACACACACACGCGCACACACACAUAACUUUUGCAGAGAUUUCCUAUCUCUGCAAAAAGGGCAGAUUAUAACCUUGCACUGAGAAGCAUAUUAGUAUACAAGUUUUGUCUCUCUUCAUCUCCUUCUGUAGCAGGACCCUAGGCCGCAUAUACUUCUAAAAGGGUUAAAUUCAUCUGCCCAUCCUAUGCUACUUACUCAAAAUCUCUUUAAAAUAUCACCAUAGGAAAAAAACCCAAACAAACAAUAAUAACAACAAUAACAAAAGCAUCGCAAGCUCCCUGACAUGACCGAUAGAAAGCAUAAAAAGAGCACCUGAUAUCUUUAGGUGACAAGUCACUCAGUCACCUUUAAAAAUGAUGACAGUCAUGCAAGAAUGACUUAUCUCAGCUUAUCUACAUUAUCUACUUAAAUAUAAGCCUACCACUGUGCAGUGAGUCUUCCCUCCAACCACCACCACCUCAUGUAGCACUAGCUGUUCCUGAAUUCAUUGUAUAGACCAGACUUGCCUAAAAUUCAAGGGUCUGUCUAUUUCUACUUCCUGAGUGCUGGGAUUAAAGGCAUGUGUGCCACCACACCCAACUUAUUUAGCAGUUUUUGACCCAAGGGAAGAAAUGACAGCUCGCUCUAGGGCUUUAAACAAAUCAAUGACUAACUGAAGAAACAUCACAGAGACAUUGAAUCCAUUCUGGGCUUCAAUUUUUCCAUGCAAUGCUAAUAUUCCUCUGACAGCAAUAGAGACUAAAAAUGAUAUCUUCAUUUGUUUUCCAACUCCUUAAAAUAAUGACCCUGUUUGAACAGGGCCCUUGAGUGUAGUUCCUGAUGGAGAACUGAAUGACAUAUUAUAAAACACUUUCUUUGGAAAGUUAGGAAGAGGCAGAGUCAUUCAAACCCAAUUCAGUCUCCUGUUCUUCUAUCAACACAGGUUAAGCCAAUAAAAAAGAGAAAGGAAAUAAAAAACACACCUGUUGCACAGCCUCCAGACACUUGAACAAAACUGGAGUGGCUAGAGAACCCAGGAAAGACACACAACACUGAAGUCUGGGAUCUGAUGUCUCUCUGCUGGAGAAGCCACAGUGCCCUGAAGCUCAGCAUGAUAUGCAGAGCUGAGCAGAAAGGCGGGGUUAUUGUUCAUAGCUGAACAAGGAGACAGGGAUAGAUACAGAUAAAGAAGCAGGGUUUAUUUAUGGACUAUAGCUGAAUCAAAAGGAUAGGCUCAGCUAAUUUCACCAAGAGGAGCCUCUCCAGGUGGGCAAUCUCCAGGCUGUAACAUCAGGGGAUAGAGAGAGUUAGGGUGGACAUUUUCUGCACACACUAUCAGCAACCCCACAGGGACCAAGAGGAAAACCUGCCAUUUCUCUCUGAGCAUCGCUCUGGGGAGCAGGUAAACUUUACCAUUUCCUCUAUUGGACUGAUCCCAUGCCAACAGCUCACAGUCACUCAGGAACCUAUUCACGGAAGCUUGGUAAUAAAAUUGUUACACAGCAAUUCUCUAACUUAAUGAACUCAUAUCAUCCUCACUAUCCCCCCCCGCCCCCCGGUGGUGGGGGUGGUGGAAGCCUGAUAUUCUCUUCCGUGGAAAACAAAUCAGUGUACUAGCGAUUGUUAUUAACAAAUAUGUAAAUGUUCUACCUGAUAUGUUUGGCUUUAUUCUUUACCAAUUUAAGGAUGAAAAUACACAGAAACAAUUCACCCAAACUAUCUUAUUUCAUAACGAUAAGAAAGUAAUAGCGCUAUUAUCCACUUAUCAGUGAGUGCAUAUCAUGUGUGUUCUUUUGUGAUUGGGUUACCUCACUCAAGAUAUAUCUUCCAGAUCCAUCCUUUUGACGAAGAAUUUCAUAAAUUUAUUGUUUUUAAUAGCUGAGUAGUACUUCAUUGUGUAAAUGUACCACAUUUUUCUGUAUCCAUUUCUCUGUUGAGGGACAUCUGUGUUCUUUCCAGCUUCUGGCUAUUAUAAAUGAGGCUGCUAUGAACAUAGUGGAGCAUGUGUCCUUAUUAGCUGGAAUAUCUUCUAGGUAUAUGCCCAGGAGAGGUAUUGCUGGAUCUUCCAGUAGAACUAUGUCCAAUUUUCUGAGGAACCACCAGAAUGAUUUCCAGAGUGUUUGUACCAGCUUGCAAUCCCACCAACAAUGGAGGAGUGUUCCCCUUUCUCCACAUCCUCGCCAGCAUCUGAAUUUUUUAUGUUAGCCAUUCUGACUGGUGUGAAGUGGAAUCUCAGGGUUGUUUUGAUUUGCAUUUCCCUGAUGAUUAAGGAUGUUGAACAUUUUUUCAGGUGCUUCUCAGCCAUUCAGUAUUCCUCAGGUGACAAUUAUUUGUUUAGCUCUGUACCCCAUUUUUAAUGGGGUUAUUUGAUUUUCUGGAGUCCGGCUUCUUGAGUUCUUUGUAUAUUGGAUAUUAUUCCCUUAUUGGAUUUAGGAUUGGUAAAGAUCUUUUCCCAAUCUGUUGGUGGCCUUUUUGUCUUAUUGACAGUGUCUUUUGCCUUACAGAAGCUUUGCAAUUUUAUGAGGUCCCAUUUGUCGAUUCUCAAUCUUACAGCAUAAGCCACUGCUGUUAUGUUUAGGAAUUUUUCCCCUGUGCCCAUAUCUUUGAGGCUUUUCCCCACUUUCUCCUCUAUAAGUUUUAGUGUCUCUGGUUUUAUGUAGAGUUCCUGGCCCUGGCAUUCCCCUGUACUGGGGCACAUAAUCUUUGCAAGACCAAGGGCCUCUCCUCCCAAUGAUGGCCGACUAGGCCAUCUUCUGCUACAUAUGCAGCUAGAGACACGAGCUCUUGGGGAACUGGUUAGUUCAUAUUGUUGUUCCUCCUAUAGGGUUGCAGACCCCUUCAGCUCCUUGGGUACUUUCUCUAGCUCUUCCAUUGGGGGCCCUUUGUUCCAUCCAAUAGAUGACUAUGAGCAUCCACUUCUGUAUUUGCCAGGCACUGGCAUAGCCUCACAGGAGACAGCUAGAUCAGGGUCCUGUCAGCAAAAUAUGUUGGCAUAUGCAAUAGUGUCUGGGUUUGGUGGUUGUUUAUGAGAUGGAUCCCUGGGUGGGGCAGUCUCUGGAUGUUUCUUCCUUCCGUCUCAGUUAUGAACUUUGUCUCUGUAACUCCUUCCAUAGGUAUUUUGUGCCCCGUUCUAAGGAGGAACGAAGUAUCUACCCUUUGGUCUUCCUUCUUCUUGAGUUUCAUGUGUUUUGCAAAUUUUAUCUUGGGUAUUCUAAGUUUCUUGGAUAAUAGCCACUGGGGGAGGCUAUAGGGGACUUUUAGGAGGUCAUUUGAAAUGUAAGUGAAGAAAAUACUUAAUUAAAAAAUUGUUUUUGAAAAAAAAGAUAACCUAAAAAAAAAGAAAUAGCACAGAAAUUUCAGAUAUAUACUUGCCUCGUUGUAGACAUAUUGCUAUUUAUAUGAAUGUGCUGAGAGUAAAAGUACAGAAUAAUUACAACUUUCAUGAUAGAUAUGCCUCAGUGUGUAUUUUAGUUGGAAUCUUGACUCCUAUGAGUAAAGCAGGUCAAACCAUCACCACCUCCACCAGAUUUUACGCUUUGGGAUGGAUAAUCUGAUGGGCUUUUUCCUGAGAGAGAAGGGCUUCAUUUCAGCUGAUAGAGUUUUGAUACUAUGCUAAGACACUUUUGUUUAUGUUUUAGCUCAUCCUGCCCUUUCUACUGGUAUCUUUACAGAUAGGGAUGUUCUUCAGUGCUCACAGAAGAAGAAAACUGUAUCAUGUUUAGGAACAGCUGCCAUAGGAGAAGCUACGCCAACCCUUCACAUCAGUGUAGUUAUUUUAUUUGAACACAGAAAGCUGCCUGUCUUCUGGUUCUUUUCUGUGAAUCACAAUAUACAAAUGCAAAGACAAUGAAGUCUUAGUGUUAUUUUCUAAAAUUGAGGCUUUAGUCUAUAACAGAAUUCUAUUCUCCAUAUCUAGGGGCCACAUAUAAUAGAUAACUUGAGAACUGAAGUUCAACCCAGUUUCAUAAUGAUUCAAGUCCCUCUGACCACAUAGCUGAAGAAUUGAUGAGAUUGUUAUGUCAGAAAGAAAUGUUAUCUGGCUUAGUAUUUCACAAACAGGAACAAUAAAUGGACAAAGUAUAUGGGCUAGUCCUGGCAUAAAAUAAACAGAUGGAGACAUUCUUGGAUUAACUGGGGAAGUGGGGCAUGUGAUAAUGGUGAGAAUGGAGAAAAGAAAGCGAGGGACACAGGAGGGGCUGCAGAGGGGAAAGGGAAGGGGAGUGAUGUAAUUAUAUUUUAAUAUUUAAUUUUUUCAUUAAUAAUAAGAGAAAAUCAGGCGCUAUGUUUUACCGUGUGUCUGAUUGUGUUUCUUUUCUAUGACCUCAUCCUUAUGCGACGAGGAUAUUAAUUGCAACGUAUUGUUUAAUUACUUUCCCUUUGGGUCCCAUCUGCCUUAGCAUACUGAAUUGAAAUCUAUAAAUAUUUUAGUGAUAUUUUUAUUAAAUAUAAUGGCUCUCAUAGAUUAUAGCUUUUAUUCUAGCCAUAUACUAUUUUGGAGAAAUGACUUUUCCAAUCACUGAAACAAAAUUAAAAGAAACCCUAAGGCUCAACUUUUUUUUUUCAAAUGAAAGUUGUAGAAUCACUGUAAAUAAUCAGAGUAUAAGAAUUUGUUUAAAAAUGGUGCCUAGGGAGACAGCCCAGUGGGAAGACCUGAUUUGGAACCCCUGGCACCAGUGUAAAAAACCAGGCAUCAGUGUGUGUCUGUUACCUAAAUGAUGAGUAAAGACAGGUGGCUCCCAGGAGUUCACUAGCCAGAGAGCCAUGUAGAGGGACUUGAAGGAAUUAAGACAGACUGAUGAGAAAGCCACUAGAACCCACCUUUGGUCUUUGCAUGCUCAUUUCCACGUGUGCCCAUGUGAAUGAACCACAUACAACAUAGGCAUACAUACAACUUUUAAGAAUAUUUAAUUAAAAUAAAUUACAUCAGUUACCUUUUCUUUUACUCCUUUUAACCCCCCCCCUUCUUCUAUCACUGAUCAAAACUAAUAGCUUCUUUUUUGCAUAACUAUAGUUAUAUAUGCACAAGCACACGUACACACACGUAUGGAUGGAUGGAUGUAUAAAUGCAUAUAUAAAUAAACAGUGUGAUUCCACUUAGUGUUGCUUCUGUGUAUAUGAUUUCAAGGGUGACCACUUGGUAUUGGUAUUGGACACUAAUUAAGGGGCUGCUAAAAAAAAGUAUUUCUUCCUUUCUCAGCAACCAUGAGUUCUUUUUCAGGGGUUGGACUCAGUGAUGUUUCCCCCUAUCCACAACAACAAGUCUGUUAGUACUGUCAUUGGUCCAGUUUUGUUUAGGCAGCCAUACUCUUGAGGUAUCAUGGGUGUAGCUUCCCUACCAUUUCUAUGAGUUACAAUCUCACCAAAGACUUUAUAUCUGCUGGCUCAUAUGGCCUUUCUGUCCCCUUUUUGCAUAAUGUUCCCUGAGCCUUCAAUGCAGAAAUAGUGUUGUACAUGCAUCUGUUGGAAUUGGGCUCUGUUAAGACAGUUGAUUUUUGCAAUAUGAGCAAUUGUAGUUUUCUCUGAUGAUUUCUGAUUAAUGACAAUAAGAGCAUCUUUGGUGUGGAUUGGGAGCUCUAUAUACCUGUGCAUAUAAGAAUGGGUUUUAGAGAGAAUUUGGAAUUGGGCUUGCUAGUACAGUUAUAGUAGCAGACUUCAGUCUAAGAGCUAAGAAGCCACAAGGGUAGUUUGGUUUUUUUUAUUAGAUAUUCUCUUUAUUUACAUUUCAAAUGUUAUUCCUUUUCCUGGUUUCCCCUCCAAAAACUUCUUAUCCCAUUCCCCCUCCUCCUACUUCUAUGAGGGUGUUCCUCUGUUUCCUCUUGUUGACUGAACCUGAAGUUCAAUUAAGUGGUUGCUGGUUAUUGCUAAGAUAUAAGUGCCACUAUUGCACUAUUAGGGACAUCUUGCCAUGGAGGUCAUUGUUGGAGUUCAGAGGCAGCACAGCUGGAUAGAAGUAGUGAUUACUUCUCUCCCUUUCCACACCUUCAGGUACUGUGAAACGUAGACCACAGUAGAAGGCUUUCAGAUUCAACCAGCUCAAAUCUUCUAAAUCCUGUUAACUGUUUUACAAACUUCUGUUUAAAAGCAGUUGAAAUUUACCUUAGGUCUUUUCAAAUCAGAGACAAUGUCCAAAUACAGCAUCUUGGUCACCAAGCCUGUUGCCUGUAAUAUUUUAGUUGAUAUCUCUAGAAUGCCUGCUCUUUUCUGAAAGCAAAUGUAAGAAGUGCAGAUCUGGAUAAGAGGAGGAAGUCAGGGGAUUGUGAGGUGUGGAUGGAGGGGAAACUGAGUUAGGGAUGCAAUGUAUGAAAGAAGAAUGAAUGAGUGGAUAAAUAAAUAAAUAAAUAAAUAUCCCUCUAAAGUUAUACAACCUGGCCAGAGAUUUUCAAGUCAAGACUAUCUUUUGUAAUAGGGUUCCUAUUAGCCACACAGACAUAUAACUACAUAUUAAUUUUGUACAGAUAAAAUCAUAUGUAUAUUUAUUUUGUGACCCUCUCUUCUCCUCGGAGGCUGUUGUUCACCAGGCAACAAGGAUGCUCAACUUUAUUUGAGGUGAACAAGGACUAUAUAGAUCUUGGGUAGUGGUUAGGGAGUUCCAAGGUGGAUAUAUGUUAUUGGCAAGGGCAGAGGCCUGGGAAUAUUUCAUUUACAUAAAGAUGAACUCCAAGAACCUGCUGGGCAGGUUCUUAUCAGGAGACAAGAAGUUGAAGCUGUAAUCUGGCCAUAUGAGAAGAAUUGAUUAGUCAUUCAAGUACCUAACUUUUAUAUGGCAGGAGGGGUAAGCAGAACUUAAGUGUUGAACCAUGAAGAGCUUGCAUGAAGUUUUGUGCAGGGUAAUCCUUUAGAUAAGGUCAGGCACCUGUCCUUAGAGACACUCUCCAAACAAGAUCAGGCAGAGUAGCAUAAGCUCCACUGAGAAAGGGAGCCUCUGUUUCACACUGGGCUCAGAGCACAUCUGAGGAUAUGGUGGACCUUCAUGGUAGGGUCUUCCCACAUUGUUUUAAGGGUUUAGUGAGAUAUUAUUAUUUUUAUUUCAUCCUCGAUUGUUGUUGUCGUUUGUAAAUGUAUCCUGUAUUCACCAGAUGCAAUUGUCAUUUUGGAGGCUUACUGCUGAUGAAGCUUAACUUUUCCAAUUCUUUCUGAAUUUUGGCUGGCUGGUUCAACUCAGCUGUUCUGGCUCAAACUUUUCUCCAAACUGACUGACUCUAUCCUGCUUCUCUAAGCUUCUAACUAAAUUCCUCUGCUUAGCCUUGUACUAACUUUGGUAAUAUGUUCUAAUCUUGCUCCUUCUGAUUCUCUGGCUCAUUCUGUCUUCACCUGUGUCUAACUUGUUCUCUAUCCCCUGUCUUUGUAAAACUGUUUAGGUAAAACUGCUACACACAUACUACUAUCACCUCUGUCUACCUUGUUAUCGCUCCCUCCACUGCUCUUAAGUAGCCUCUCUUUCCUAUGCUGUUCUUGUGAGAGAUGGACAUAUCCUUCUUCUGUUUCAUUCUGUCAAGUCUUUCACUGAUUCAUCACUUUGUCUGCCUCUCAAUCAGACAUCUCUUUCAAUCAUGGUUGCUCCCUUCAACAAGCUAGCCCUAGUUUCAUUAUCAGGAUUGAAAGGUGCAUAGAGAGCAUGUCUAUAUUCCAACCAGAUCUCACAGACCUAGGAGGUCUUUGGAUGUAAUUCCUUGCCAGAGCAGCCACAUUACUGGAUUAAAAUUUUUCUAUAGCUAGCUUCUCUCUCCAAAUCAGAAGUUUAUGCAGACAUUAUCCAUCACUAAUAUGUAUAAUCUUCUGAAUAUUUCUCAUUUCUGCUGUAAGUGGGCUAAUAUUCUCAUAUAUAUGUAUAUCCAUAUAUAUAUUACACAUAUCAUCACACACUUAACUAUAUAAUUUAUUACAGUUGAUGUUUGUCAUUUUAUACCUUGGAACAAUACAUCCAAAUCAUCUUUAGAAAAUGAAACUAUGUAAUUUCUUAUAAUAAUUUUAUAUACUAUAAUUCUAUAGGAUAAAACAGUUUAUGUUUUCAUGACAUGACAUUGUACUAUUCUGUAACUAAUACAUUUAUACUCUUAUUCUAAUUUCAUUCCACUCUGAGUGACACUGAAGCAAAUAUACCUUAUACAUUCUUAUUAGAUAUUUUCUUUAUAUACAUUUCAAAUUUCAAAUGCUAUCCCAAAAGUCCCCCAUACCCCCCCCCCCGACUCCCAUACCCAUCUACUCCCACUUAUUGGCCCUAGCAUUCCCCUGUAUUGGGGCAUAUAAAGUUUGCAAGACCAAGGGUCCUCUCGUCCCAAUGAUGGCCGACUAGGCCAUCUUCUGAUACAUAUGCAGCUAAAGACAUGAGCUCCAGGGGUACUGGUUAGUUCAUAUUGUUGUUCCACCUAUAGGGUUGCAGACCCCUUUAGCUCCUUGGGUACUUUCUCUAGCUCCUCCAUUGGGGGCCCUGUGAUCCAUCCAAUAGCUGACUGUGAGCAUCCACUUCUGUGCUUGCUAGGCCCCGGCAUAGCCUCACAAGAGACAGCUAUAUCUGGGUCCUUUCAGCAAAAUCUUGCUAGUGUAUGCAGUGGUGUCAGCAUUUGGAGGCUGAUUAUGGGAUGGAUCCCUGGUGUGCACACUUUGCCCCUUCUUAUACAUUUUAUUGAUAGUUUUAUCUGAUAAAUAGAUUUCCAGAUGAGAGAUUUCAGAUUGUCAGUAAUUUUAAUAUUAAUAGCUAUUGUUUGGCAAAGAAGAAUGCUAAUACUUAACUGUCCAACCUUCAGGAACAGGGGGAUUAUGUUUUAUUCUCAUUUCUUCCAGCUUAGCAGAUGUAUUUAUGGUCAUUUUAAUGACAUUUCUUUGGCUGAAUACACAGUAUGUGUGGAUAUCUUCAUUAAUGAAUUUCCUGUUUAUAUAUUUUUAUUUCCCAUUUUAUAGAAACUGUAGUUUAUGUAAACUACAGAUGUCAGGGCUUUAUCUGACAAAGAGACUUCAAAUUGCUCCUGUUUUCAAUCCAUUCGUUUUACUUAGUGGAUCUUUUUGACAUGUUUUUUUGCUAUUGUUUUAAACAGCCUUUGAUUUACCAACAAUUCUGAUGCAGUAAAAGGCUUGUUCUUUGUUUCUAAAAGGUCUCAUUACAUCUUCUGACUUUGUUUCAUUGGUUUUGUUGUACUUUGCUAUGUGAUUAAAAAGAAAAUGCCAUCAACUGUAUAAAACCUGUUUUUUACUCUGAUAUCUUACAUUUUUGUAUUUUUAAAAAUUAAGGUAAACUACAUACCAUAAGGUAACAUAUUCAAGAAAUUUAAUAAUAAGCACAUUAUAUAUUGCAAUUCGCAUGUUGUAUCCAACAUGCAAAGCAAAUUCAAAAUUUCAUUCUCUCUCUUGCAUGCAGUUAAUCCUAAGUGAAGAAAACAGUCUGUGCUCUGUCUGUUAUCAGUCACAACUCCAGAGCUUUUGCCUGCAUUCUGUCCUUCUCUGCCACCAGCACCUAAGGCUACCCUUUCUUGGUUUCUUUCUUAAUAUUAUAAUAUAGGUACACUUUCUGCUGGCAGGGGAUAGAAAGCUAAUAGCUUUCCUAGUCUCAACUCUGUCAUAGUUUUUAUUUUUCCUUUGUGUGUGUGUGUGUGUGUGUGUGUGUGUGUGUGUGUGUGUGUGUGUGUGUGUGAUGGAAAGAUAUUGAUAUGAGGAGAGGCAGUUUCCUGUGAGUUUUAAUAUAAAAUGUAUAUUUUACACCCUGUUCUUUAGCCAAAAUUCAUCAGAUAUGGUUGUUUAUUUCCAAUUACUUCUGAUUUUGUGGCUAUAUUUUUCAGUUACUUUUUUAUUUCUCCUUUUCUUAUGAUUUAUGUCUGAGUUAUGGAUGAUAACACUUCUGCUUUUGAGCCCAAUCUGAGUGCAGGGUUUUUUUGUUUUUGUUUUAUUGCCCUGCAUUGGAAUUGAUUCCCCUGGUUUAGGAAAACUAGAAUGUUAGAAUGGAUUUAUUUUGCUUAACAUAUGCACACUCACCCUAGGCUGAUGCGCGGGAUGCCUUUUAGAAAUAAGAAUAAGAAGGUUGCCCUUGGGAUAGUCAGAAGUAAUCCACAGCACUCAAUUAUCUCCAGCAAUGUGUUUAUAGUUACUAUACGAGAAAACAGAGUUAAGCCAGUGCUCAGAAUAUUCUGAUGUGUUACAACUUCUGUCAUCGACUACCAUACAGUUCCCAGAAACUGCACCGUGGAAAGUUUACUAAAUUGGUGAUAGGCCUAAGGGGCAGGGUUUUAUGUCAAGUCUAGCAAAAUCUAGUCUGAAUUAAAAAAAAAAAAAAAAAAAAAAAAAAAAAAAAAAAAAAAAAACUAAACCCCAGGGAUUACAAUCUCAUUUAAUUCACAAAUCUGAGGCAGUUUACAAAGCCAGGCUCCUCUGAAUGAAAUCGAGUCUAGGUAUUUCUAAGGAAGAACUUUCUCCGUGAUUGAAAGUUCUCAGCUAGGCUGAGAAGAUGGUUCAGUAGAUAAAAUGUUUGCUAUGCAAGCAAAAUGACUCGACAUCAUCAAACUUUUCCAAAUAAUUCUCAUUUACUUUCCUAAUGGAAGAAAGAGGGAAUUGCCCUCCCUUUUGUGUCAUGAUUUUUUUUUACGUGGAUUAUGUAGUUCCACCAACUUGUAAAGUUGAAAAGAACUGCUGGAACAUACACGUGGGAUUCUGCCUUGUUAGUAGAUGUAGAAAUAGGCAGAGAUCUAACAGCACCUACAAAGGCUAGUGUGCCAGGUAACAGUCAGUACAUUUUAUGGGGAAGGAAUCUGAUUUAUGAGACAACAAGUCUCUUUUGUGAAGAUAUUUUAUAACAAGUUGAACAAUUGCCAGUAUAGGUUUACUUGUACUACAAAAGUAUUACAUAUUUAUAAUAUUUAAAUCUAUAAUAUAUAAAUAUUAUAAUAAUUUUAUUGUCAUCUAUCUGGAUACUGAGGAAAGCAUAGCCCCUGGGUACAAAAUAAAGAGAACAUCUACUUGAGACCUUGAUCCUUUAUUAUCUACAAAAUCAAUUACUAAAUAUUAUAAUACUGCUAGUAACUUUAGAAGUCAACUUGAAAGACAACUAAGCAAAAAUUGUUAAGUAAAUUCUGAUCGAAGCUUGGAAUCUUAGUUCUUCCACUGAGCCCUCUAAUUGUUGGAUCUUAUCUACUGUAUUUGUUAAAUAGGACUCCUGAAAUCCUGUUAGUUUACAUAAUGUUGAAGAAAUUUGGUUCUGAAAUUUAGCAUGUGAGAAAUCUUUCUGGGAUCAUAAAACUUGAUUCAAAUUCAAGAAAGCAUUUGGGGUGCAAGGUCACACUUUUUGUCAUUGCCUCUGUCACCUGGUAGAUUGCAUUUCUCUGUCCUUACUCUGUGAACAGGAUUAGGUCAUCUACAAUCAAUUCAUUUAAAAAAAAAACUAUUUGCAGAAGGGGCUACAAUUACACUCUUCUCAUUCCUUCCUGUACUAUUUCUCUCCAUUAAUUAUACAGGGAUGAAAGAGGAAGGUUCAGAAUCUGACCUUGAAGCUGAUGGUCCUACUUAUAGCUCCCAGAAAUCCUAAUGGUUUCUAGAGUUCCUUUGAGGCCACAUCUCAGGAAUGUGAUGAGAGCAUGUAAAUAUGAAGCAGAUUCUCUUCUGCCCACACAUCACCCACACCCACGCUCCACACUGUUAACCCCAUCUUCAAUGAGUCCUUUUGAAGUUUAAGUGUACCUCUAAACAGAAAAUAUCCCAGAAGUGGUGCAAGUUGGGGUGUAAAUGGAAGGCAGAGAAUAUGGGAUGAGCAUGUUUUUGAUUUUUAAGUCAUCGUAGAUGAGGCAAAACUGCUUCAGGACUUGCUGCUUUGUUAGCCAUGUCUAAGUAUCUAGGAUAGGGUUUUGUUUAAGUAAUACAAGCUAUGUACUAAAUGCUUGCAGGUUACAUGCAAUACAUUAAUGUAUUAUCCCAGUAUUUAUAAAUGUUUCCACAUUUCUGAAUUCACAACCCUCUAAUUUCCCCAACGGUCUGUCAAGGAAUGAUGGACUUGUGAAUUAAAAUAAGUUCUUGUUUUUAUCAGCUACAUGGAGGGAGAAUACAACAGUAGAUAUCAAAGCAAUUGGAGCUUCACACUAGGGUAAUUGAUGUGUACAUGUAGUGCUAAACCUACUUAAGGGUUCACUUAUCAUAAUCAGUGGUUAAAAUGUAGCAAUCGACAUGUAUCCACCAAGGAAACAUAAAAAGUGUGUGUUUCCUAUUUCUUAGUGCCUAACUGUAGAAAUGAUGUAAGAUGGAGUGACCUAGAGAUUACAUAACACAUUAUGUUAAGACAUUAGCUUCCACAAAGAAUAAAGUGUAAGGUUCAUGGGCUCACAGGUUGCUAAAGAUUUAUCAAUGCCCACAUAAAAACCGCAGUUCAGGACAUGCUAUCAAGUAGUAAAGCUGUACUCUAGGGCAGAGACUUAAGAUUUAAUAUAUUACUUGCAUAAUGUGUUUGAUAAUCAUGCUGGAGGUUUAGUACUUCAUAGGGAGUUGCUAAUUUGUGUUUUGAUUAAUCCUAAUUUGUCAAGAUUUAAGUAUAUUUAAUGACCCAGAGAAUUUCCCUAGGACAUUUCCUAAUGACAGUUAACGCAGAUACCAAAGUUGUCUAUAUGAUUAAUCUGCUAUUUAGGGAACCAUUUGCCACAGUCAGGCUGCCUUGUAAAUGUGUUCUCUGUUCAGCCUGCCUUUGGAAAUGUUCUCUUCUAUGGAAACGCUGGCUGAAGUGAAUGGAAAGCCACUGGUUAGAACAUACAGUAGCCUCCAUGAGCCUACAGGUUACAGGGUAGAUGUUGUGUGUUAGGGAAUAUGUUUGGUUUCUUUCAUAAAAUAAAUUCAGUGGUUUGAAACAUAUGAAAGAAGGCUAGGAAGUGUUUGGGGUAAAAAAAAAAUACGUUAUUGACACUCUUAAACAGAAUCUGGAAAAUGUACUCAUCAUGACAAUAUUUCUCAGAGAUAGAAAGCAGCAAAUGCUGAAUCUUUUGUUUCAAAUCUAAGGGAAGAGUAACAGUUUGCUGACAACAUACUAUGAAAAUUACCUUGAUUUGGAAAUAUUUUUCUAUGAGGUAAAAUUUUAUUAAGGAAAUAAAUACCUCUCUUAUCUUCAUGAAAAAUGUUAUAAUGAUGACAUGUUAAAACAUUUCUGUUAACAAUUUUCCUGAUUACAUGUACUUUUUCACUCAAAAUACCACUAAUUAAAACCUACUGCCUUAAUUAGGAUUACCAUGGCUGUGAUGAAAUACCAUGACAAAAAGCAAGCUAAGAAGAACAGAAUUUACUUGACUUACCCUUCAAAAUCACUGUUCAUCAUUGAAUGAAGUCUAGACAGAAAUCAAACAGGGCAGGAAUCUGGAGGCAGGAAUUAGACACAGGGGCCAUGAGGGGUGUUGUUUAUUGGCUUGCUCCUCAUGGCUUGUUAAACCUGCUUUCAUAUAGCACCAGCCCAGGAACAGUACCACUCACAAGGUAUGGGCCCUCCCACAUCAAUCACUAAUUGAGAACAUGCACUAUAGGCCUGCCUAUAGCCCCUCUUAUUGAAAUGUUUUUCUCCUCUCUGAUGACUUUAGUUGUGCCAAGGUGAUAUAAAACUAGACAGGACACCUAUGAUAUAGUUUCUUAAUAAUAUUAUCAUCAGAAUAGAUCAAACUUCUUUUUCAUAGUGGCCCAAUAUGUACUAUUGAGUGUUUUAUUGGUAUUGAUGUAAAAACUUAUAUAGAGGAUUGUAUUAGUCAGGGUUCUCUAGAGUCACAGAACUUAUGGAUGGUCUCUAUAUAGUAAAGGAAUUUAUUGAUGAUUUACAGUCUGCAGCCUAAUUCCCAACAAUAGUUCAGUAGUAGCUGUGAAUGGAAGUCCAAGGAUCUAGCAGUUACUCAGUCUCACACAGCAAGCAGAAGGAGCAAGAGCAAUACUCCCUUCUUCCAAUGUCCUUAUAUUGUCCCCAGCAGAAGGUGUGGUCCAGAUUAAAGGUGUGUCCCACCACACCUUUAAUCCCAGAUGAGAGGUGUAGCCCAAAUUAAAGGUGUGUUCCACCACACCUUUAAUCCUGGAUGACCUUGAAUUUGGAGAUCUCCCUGUCUUAAUCUUCUGGAAUCCAUAGCCACUAUGCCUCAAGAUCUCCAUACCAAGAUCCAGAUCAGAAACUUCUAUCUCCAGGUCUCCAAAUAAGGGUCGUUGGUGAGCCUUCCAAUUCUGGAUUGUAGUUCAUUCCAAAUAUAGUCAAGUUGACAACCAGGAAUAGCCACUACAAGGAUUUACUAAUUUAAAACUUUAUAUCAUUUUGAAUAGUAUAUAUAUCAAGUGAGAAGCAUUAGGCCUGUAUCAGCUCCAGCCUCCACUCAGCUGUAUUGCUGUAAUGCUUAUUCAGUAUAAGUACAAGUAACAAGAAGCUGUCGUCAUGCCAUCAAGAAUGUAUUAGAAUAUACAACUAUUAGGGAAACUACCAUGAAAUCAUAUGCCUCUGAAUUAAUUACUGAUCACAUUUCAUAGGUCUUCAUAAGGUAACGAUUUUUCCCUCCCUUUUUUUAUGUGACUUUAAUGAUAUUACCAUAUUAUUAAUGAAUUCUUUAUGUUCAAAGAUCUUUAUGUUUGGAGUCCUCAAGCAAUAAACUUUAAAAAAAAACUUAUAUAAUAAUCACAGCAAGUGCAUCACACUUAAAUGAGAAAAUUCUCAUACAAAUUAUUAUUUUAUUAUGAGAAUCACAGAUUUUUAUUCACAUAUUCAAAUAAAGAGAAGGCAAGACACACAUGGCUUUAUGUCAUAUAUGAUAGAAGUAUAUGGUUCCUUCUAACACAGAGCAGACUUUUCUGCAACUUUUCAAAGUCUUAAAAUUUUGUCCUACAGUAGAAGGAUUAGAAACUUGAGAUUAGGACUUCAACUCAACCUCAAUGGUAAAUGGCCAUUGUAAUUACAAAUGCAUGCCACAAAUGUCCUACUUUAACAGGAGACAAGUGUGGCCAAUUCUGAUUAGAUCUGUGAGAAUCAUGUUUAAACCGCCAUGAAGAACUAGGUAGGUACAUUUUCAGAACAUGUUUUAUUCAUUAUGAUUCUUUUUAGCAUAGCAUUUGGUGCUAUUUAAGUAUUAAUGUAAGUAAAUCCAUGAAUGAAUAUGUGCUAAAAAAAAAAAAAAA